ACGAUAGCAUUUGGAUGCAUGACCAUUUAGAAGACAUGGGAAAAGAAAUUGUUCGGCAAGAGUUUCCUGAUGAGAAAGAAAAACGCAGUAGACUGUGGCUAUAUGAGGAUGUUUGCGAGGUUCUUGAGGAAAACAAAGGAACGGAUAAAAUUAAAGGCAUCGUGGUAAGAUAUUUUUAUUCACAAAAGAUAUGCUUGAACGGCGGAAGCUUCACAAACUUGAAAAAUCUUCAAAUUUUUAUAGUCCGUGGAGGGAUGCUAUAUGGAGAAGGCGUGGAUUAUCUCCCCAACCACUUGAGGGUCCUUCACUUGAAUUCAUUAGGAUCGUUGCAACUAGUCGAGGGAUUGAAUUGGAAGGAUAUGCGAUAUUUGAAAUCUAUCAAAUUGUCGAACUGCCAUGGUUUAACAAGAAUUCCCGACUUGUCUGGAUUAACAAGCUUGGAGUAUUUGGAGCUGUCUUAUUGUAAUGAUUUAGUUGAAGUUCAUCCUUCGGUUGGCCGUCUCGAUAAGCUCGUCAUUUUGAAACUCACCCGUUGUGAAAAGCUGCAGAUGUUUCAAGAGAGGAUCAACAUGAAAUCUUUGGAAACUCUGUAUCUAUCUGAUUGCUGGAAUCUUAAGUUCUUCCCUGAAUUUGAUGGAGACAUGAAGUCGUUGAAAUACCUGGAUCUAAGUCACACUAGGAUCAAAGAGUUACCUUGCUCAGUUGGAAAUCUCACUGGCCUUAAAUCCUUGUCUCUGGCUGGCUGUCGUAAUCUGACAAAUGUACCAUCGAGCAUCUUCUAUGGAUUGCAACGUCUGGAGGAGCUUAAUCUAAGCGAAUGCUCUAACCUUGUUACAUUUCCAGCAAAGUCAGAAUCACUUCCUCCACCGGUCUUUUCAACUACCCUGUCGAGAUUACAAGUUGAUUUGACGAAUUGCCGGCGGCUUGAAGAAAUUUCAGAAUUUCCACGAGAAAUAGCUUGUCGGUUGGAAGGUUGUGGGUCAUUGGAAAGAGUUUCAUACUUGUCAAAAAUUUUGAAGAGUAAAGAUUCGAAAAUGUUCGGUCGGUUGGACUUGACUAGUUGUCAGAGACUCUGCGACAAUCUGGCUCUGUUGAUGACAUCUGGCCAAGAAGCGGAAUCUGGCUCUGAGAAAUUGGCGGCUCUGUUGACUCUUUUUUUCUCUGGUGCGAAAUCUGAAGAAUUCCAAGUAAAAUUUUUCGGAAGUCCUCUGAUUCCGCUUCCAAACUGGUUCACCUGCCGCCGUCUGUAUUGGGAAUUAAUAACCAGAGAGCAUGAAUUUUGCAUUGAAAUUCCUCAAAACUCCAAUUGGUACAGCAAAGGGUUGGCUCUCUGUAUUCAAUCGAGGUUUAGUGAGGGCCCUUAUUCUGUUUACAUCAAUGGAGUAAAGUUUGAUGAAAUGAGUACGUGGAGGCGCCAGAUGGUGUGGGUGCAUUAUAUUCCAUUGGUUACAGUAAUAAGGAGGUUGAGUGAGUGUGGGAUGCCGCCACCUGAUAUGUUUCGAGUUAUGUUUCGUUUUGGAUAUAAUUAUACUGGAAGUAGAAAGCCUUUGGAGGGAAGCUGGGGAGUCCACCUGAUCGAAGAUUUGGAAGAAGAAAGCCGAUAAUAGUCCAGCUGACUUCCAAAACGCAUUCUGUUGCCAAGUAUAUGCUCAUUCUGCUGCCACUGAGUAUGACAUUGACACACCCGAGUUACUAAACACUUACCUUCGAAGAACUACUCCUUUGAAAACAUGAUGCUCGAUCAUCAUCAUACAAUUUUAAGGAGUUCAAUUUAGAGGAAAUGAUUGAGUGAGUCUCUGGAACCAAACCUCUAGAGCAUGAUCAAUGGGGUUGUUAAUACCUACACCGAGGGUCUAUAUGUCUGAAUUAUUAAGUUGAAUUGCAAAGGAACUAGAUGCUCCAGAUAUGGCUGACACAAUAGAGCAAGUGGAUUAUGUACUUCAUUAGCAAGCAAGGUUGGACCUACCAUGGAUUUCAUUCAUUUUUGCCAUGCCUAGUCAAACACACCUCAAGAGGGUUUGGGUCUCUUGCAGCUUUGGUGGCAUAGUGAAUCCCGGUCCUCUUCUCCAGUCAAUUGUCACUAUCCCAUUAGCGAGUGUAAUGGAUUCUGUUUCACAAGGUUACUUCCAAUUUCUUGAUGAAUAAUCUGAUAAAGAUGAAAGGAGAACAGCAUUUGGGCCUCUUAUGAAGAAGGCAAUACAUGCUUGUUGCAAGUUUGGGUCAUCCUUGAAAAAAAAGGUUCAAGGGGUAGAGUAAUGUCUGCCCAGAUUGAGGAGGACACUGAUGCAGAAGAGUUGCAGGCAGGUGGAAACAUUUCACCCAGAGCUUAUAUUGGAACAACAUGGUGAUUGAUCAACAUAUAUAAGAUGCUGAGCUGGUACAGAUUUUUAAGGGCCCAGCAAGUGUGGGAUGAUAUGCUCAACUUGAGGAAGGAAUUUUUCUGUUCAACUGUGACAGACUGAUCUAAUCAGUGGGAUGCCAAACUGAUCGAGAUUUAAUUAGUUUUGUACUGGGUUCUACUCUACACUCAUCUUUGUAACUCUUGAUAUUUGACAAGGUGAAAAUCAGCAAUGUUGUCGUCUUAAGGCAAGCUAAAAUGAAUCUAGAGAUCUGAUCUAUGUAGAAUGCAUUGUAAAGUGCUUUCAAGAAGAUUUUGGAUUCUUGGUAGCAGCCUUGCAUGGUGUAUUACAUCCCUACUUUUCUGUCAAUUCUCAGCAUUACCAGCAGUCUGCAUCGUACAUCUGCAUACUAAUGCAAUCAUUUCGAUUUUGCACAGCUCGUGUCUUAGAGAGACCAUGAUCCUACCUCUGCAGUAGGAAUACGAAACCUACACAACUACUUUAGAUACUCAAUGUCGCCCAAACCUGCAACACAAAUUGUUCCAACUGGUGCAAGGUUAACAUUGACAAGUCUUGCAGCUCUUGUCUCUGGAAGAUUUGGUGCAGGAGAUUAUCAUGAAGGAAUUUAGCAACUGGAUCAUAGGUUUUUCUGUAAGCCAUGCUCUUGGUACAAUUAUGAAAGCUUAAGUGUGGGGUUUAUUCACGGGUCUUUUUUUUUUUUUUUGAGGGGCAAGACGACAGUAGAGCCUCUACACACCCACCCAUGCAGUGUAUCCCAGCAUUGCCAGACUAAUCACUGCACCGCAGACGCACGAACCUUAGGUGUUAACAAACCCAGAUCCCUCAAAUCUGCUGGCACUAGCUGGGACAUCUCAGUGACUCGUGUCUAGCUACAAGGAAGUUAAUGAAACAGCAGAUAACUUGCCAAGCUUGAUCAUCCUUAGCUACAAGAAGUCUUAUGGAUUUGUAAAGACUGCGGCUUUGCAAUAUUGCAAAUGCAAUGCUAUAUAGAUUCUUUCGUGCAUAGGUGCCAGACUUCAAAAAGAAAGAAAAGAAAGGGAAAUGCACCCUAUGUUGAAUUUUAGAUACUUGCGGCUUUGUGUGCCACAUUAACUUUUUUUUUUUUUUUUUUAAUAUGAGAAACUGAUUCCUUUCGCUUUCUUCCAAAUAUUUUUGUUGUAGCUAUUUUUGUUGU